AUGGCGACCAUCGAGGAUAAGUACAAGCGUCGUUUGAUGACGUGCAUGACACACGUCUUGCCCGAAUUUGACGAAGCCGCCAAGACUUGUACCCUUUCCCUCUCCGACGUCAAGGGGAUUCAGACCCUGAUCGAGCACGAUAACCACGAAAACCGCAGGAAGUUCGAGAAUCUGAUCGUGGAAGGUAUUCCUGUUUUUACAGCUUAGGAUUAGGUAGUAUGCUGCGACUCACCAUUUUAUUCAGCGUCAUUGUUGCAUCUUAGGAAGAUGAUACAGCGAAUAGGACACUUAGUAAAAGUAACUAUGUCCAAUCUGAAAAAUGAAUGAAUUCGAGUAUUGAUUCCAACAUUUUUCGCAAAAAUAAAAAACGAAAACCCCAGAUGCAUGCUUUCGUCCCUACUACAACUGCUAUUCCAUAUCCAUUUUCCCCAAAAAUAGAAAACCGAUGCAUGCCUCCUUCCCUACUACAACUUUUCGCAAAAAUAAAAACUUCGGAAAAUGCCAGAUGCUUGCUUCCGUCCCUACUACAACUGCUCCCUGGACGAGCAGCGUGAGCAUGCGCUGAGGCGAUUGCAAGCGUUUUGCAAGAAGGACAUCAUAAAGGUCCAGGACUUCGAGAGCAACCCCAUGAACAUCUUCAUGGCGCACGAUGCCGCUGCCCUCGUCGAUGGUUCCUUUGCGACCAAACUGACUGUGCAAUUCAACCUGUGGGGUGGAACCGUCUACCGUCUCGGCUCCGAAGAACAUCGACAGUUCUUCGCGAACAAGACGAACUCCAGUGAUGUGGUGGGCUGCUUUGGGUUGUCGGAACUGGGAUUCGGAAACAACGCGGUUGAGAUGGAAACUUAUGAAGAUUUUUGCUCCUGAAAAUUUCGAACACGCACCACCUUCAAGAUGAAGUAGAACACUAUCACUAUACAUCAUAGUUAACAAUUUAAUGGCUCGAAAAAUGAUGUAGUACGACACGAGAUCGAGAAGUGCAUGUUCCUCUUGAUGUUGAUCAUCAUCAUGUAGUGUGCUAUUAUAAGUAAGGUCUCCCCGUCCCUGCCAUUACCUCUCCCCCAUUACCUCUCCCCCGUCCCGACUCUAAUCCCCCACCGCCACGUACAACAAGGAGGACGACACGUUCUCUAUCCAUUCGCCAAGCGUGUUGUCGCAGAAAUACUGGAUUACCAAUGGCGCUUGCCACGCUCACUUCUGUGUGGUCUUCGCUCAGCUGAUCAUUGACGGAAAGAGGCAGGGCGUGCACGGUUUCAUCACGCAGAUCCGAGAUCUGAAGUCGCUUCAGACCAUGCCAGGGUGCAGAGUUGAGGAUAUGGGAACCAAGAUCGGCCUCAAUGGCAUCGAUAAUGCGAAGAUUCUGUAAUUUUACACUGCUACUGAAGAACCCUUCUUCGCCAGAAAAAGAAUGAACAUUUCAAUAGGAUUAGCUUUUUCAUGUUUAUCAUCAAAAUCAUUGAUUCUCUUUACCCUUUCAGGUUCGAACAAGUGAGAAUUCCGCGAUCCCAUAUGCUGUCAUCCUAUGCGGAAGUUGAGAAAGGCGGUAACUAUGUUUGGAAAGCCGGUGCCAAGGCUCCUAAGCUUCGUGAGAGAUUCCUGCGUUUAGCCGAUCAGCUUCUGAGUGGUCGAUUGUGCAUCAGCAGCAUGAUGAUUGGCGCGACGAAGGUACUUCGGUUUUGUUCUCUCUGUUUUUUUAGGAUUAUGCUAGAAGUUGUUGAAGUUGAAAGUGUAUUUGUUUCUCGAAAUUCAAAAAAUAGAGUCUGUUUUUAUAAUAGAAGGGAAUCAAGAAUCUUGCUUCAAAGCGAAGAAGAAAUAUUAUCUUCUUCCUUAACUAAUAAAUCUGAAACCACAUCAUCUUCAUCACGAAACCACUACCACACAGGUUGUCACCACAAUCUCCACGCGUUACAUGCUGACUCGUCUUGGCGUUGGUCCUAACGGUAAGAGCGACACGCCAAUCCUCGACUACCAGCUGUGCCAGCACGAAGUCUUCCCCUUGAUCGCUAGAUGCUACGCGACCCAGUUCUAUCACAACUACGUCAAGCGACGCUACGCCGCUCGCACAAAGCUGGGCUUGGACCCAAACCACGAUCCAGGACAGUUGUUGCGUGAACACAUGGAAUUGGUCAUUCUUUGCUCGUCGGUGAAGCCAGUAGCCGCUUGGCUGUGUGACAAGGCAGUAGUUGUGUGCCGCGAGCGGGUGGGUGGAGUCGGAUUUUUGGAAGCAAACGGAUUUGGUGGAAUGUUCGCGCAUGCAGGUACAACUAUUCCUGAAUAUGAAUAACCCUCCGAUCAUAUAAUUGUUUUAAUUUGUACUUCUUGAAAGAAGAAGAUAGAAUCGUUGUGCAGGAUUCACAACCUAACCUAACCUAACCAAGAUAGAAGAUUCGUUACUAACUCAACCUGCGGCUCGUUGUUCUUCUCGUUCUCUGUCUUCUCCACGAGUAACUAACAUCCAUGAAAAUCACGAACUACCAAUUACAGGCAUCACUGCCGAAGGCGAUGCUCGCGUUCUCUGUGCCAAGGUCACCAAGGAAUUGAUGGAGAUUCUCGAAAAGGGAUCGAACACUGCAGCAUUGAACCCAAUCAUCGACACCGCGAAGUACCAGGUGAACUGGAACGAUUUGGAGACGGCGGUGGGAAAUGAUGGUACUCUAAUUUGCUUUUUCGAAUAAGUCGUUUUUUGAAAUUCUUGUCAGGAUCAUAUUGAUCUCUCUCGAAGAACAUGUUGAUGUUGUUCUGUAGUAUUCAUGCCUGUCUCAGCGGUGCUUCAUGGCUCUACUCGAGCCUGAUUCGUCCCGGCAACGUGGCUUGGCCACAAGUUCGCGGACCCUUGAAACUUGAACCUUGAUGAAAGAAUCUUCAAAGAGCAUCAACAGUAGCAUGAGAUGAAAUGCAAAGAGGGAAAAAGAAAGGAAAGAUGACUAAACAGGUCACAAAAGAAAGAGAAAAAUUAGAGACCUUCGGUCGGAGGCAAUGCAAACGCCUCUUGCUAGGCACAUUCAUUCAUUCAUUCAUUCACUCAUUCACUCAUUCACUCACUCACUCAUUCACUCAUUCACUCAUUCACUCACUCACUCAUUCACUCAUUCACUCAUUCACUCACUCACUCAACAUCAACUCCUACGUCCCACUCCCAGCACAAUCAUCAUCUAAAUUUGUCAUUCUCUCAACAUUACAACAGCGGCGAAGAUGCAAGCUAUGAUUUGCGAGAUUGAGAAGCUGAUGGCAAACCGCGUGAAGCUUGCCUGCGACAUGUUCAAGCAGAAGUUGACCGAGUUCAUGAUGAAGGGUGACAAGGCUUUCCGCUACAAGAUCUUCGACGCCAACCUGAAGGAGUUCUCCGAUGAAAUUCAGCUGGUGGCAGCAGCCUAUGCGCAGUGGGAGUCCGUUCGCGCGUUUAAUCUCGUGAUCAAGUCCGCUGGUCAGGAUCCGGACCUCCUCCACGCCACCACCGAGAAACAGCCAAAGCUGUCCGCUGCCUGCGUCUGCGUGCUUGGCCGACUCGCCUUGCUCUACGCCAUUGACGUGCUUUCCGAAGACGCGAUCAACUGCAUGAACCUGGGCGUGAUGUCGCCAGCAGACUUGCAAUCGUUGCGUGCAAUGAAGUUAAGGCUAAAUCAGAGUAGAUAUAAUCCAUCUCUAUUCGGUGCUUCCUCCUUCCUUAAAAAAGUAUCUAUCUUCUGACAGUCUACUUUAAGGAUGUUGUUUUACUUCGGUGCGUCCUUCCUUAAAAGAGUAUCUAUCUUCUCCCUGACAGUCUUUGAGAGUGCAGCGGCUGGUGGUCUCUUCAAGCACAAACGAUCAGGGACCUCGACGGACAACUUUUUUACUUUACAUAUUAUGAAUCUUUAGUUAAAUUAUGAAUGCAACGUCUAAAGAAAGCGUCCAUCUGCAAGUGCUUGCGUCCGGAAAUCGUCUCCGUGUUGAACGGCAUGGGUAUCGAUGACCGCGUGAUCUGGCGACCAAUCGGCAAGGACUGGAAGAACUUCAACAAGGGUGACAACUUCGGAGAGGUCGUUGACACCGGACGCUACUUGACGAAGGAGAGCUAAGAAGAAGAAGCAGUAGCAGUACUGACGUCCAAAGGACGCUACUUGACGAAGGAGAGCUAAGAAGAAGAAGCAGUAGCAGUAGUACUCGCUUGAAAACUUCUAGAGACUAUUGAACUACUACUGAAGCAGCGUCCUCGUUGACUUUGGGAACAGAAAUGCUGUGCACGACAUGGUUGUACAUAUCGUUAUGAUCGUGGUAGUCGAACAUCGUCAUGCUACAACUAGUAAAAAUUCAUCAUCUUCAAGAACAAGUACUAGUAAUCAUCUUGUCCAAGAACAACAAGUACUUCUAGUACAACAAGGAAAGGAAACCAGAUGAUGACGAAGCAAAACUCAGAGGAGGAGGUGGUAACUUCACGUUUGGCGAGUUGCAAUUUUUUGAACAUUUUCCCAUAGUGCCGGAACACUGAACAGAACAAGAAUAAUGUCGUCGCUGUACUCAAGUCCUCGAACACUGUAACUCCUGAUUGAGAACAAAGUUAGUCACAAAAGAAACUCUGCAGCUAGCAGAAAAAUGACAUUGCAGUGAAGAAGAUCAUGAUGAAAUUAGUCUUAGUGUCCUUGCCGUGGCAGGUUUGGGACGCUUUUUUCUGUUGGGAAGUAGUACUAGUUUCAGAAUCUUCACGAGACCAAGAAUGAUGUUAUGGUUUUCCUAUCCAUAGUCGUAGUAGAGAGGAUAUAGAUCAUAUACUAUGCACACACUGGCGAGUAGUUACUAAUCUUCUAUCGUAAUUAGAAAAAUAGCAAUCAAAUACUUAUACUUUGCAGACAGUACUCAUCUACAUCUGCUCGUCUGCUGCAUUUACCUUGUUGGAAUGAAGAGUUACUGCCUCCCACGAUAGAUAUCCGCCCUUAUCUAUUUUUACGGAUGUUGACUGUAACUUCUUCUACGUGAAGUAGAAACCAACUACACAAUUUUGUUGUGACUGAGAGUGACUGCACUGUGCCUGUGGUGCGCAGUGUCGGUUAUGUAUCUUUCAUCUACAACAUCAACUGUCAACAACUGCAUGUCGUAACAAGUAGUUGAUGGUGAUUUUUUGUUGGUGGAUCAUUCUCUUCCCAUCGCAUCGAGCUUGCGGGGAACCUCUGUGCUCCUGCUUAUGGUACUUACUUAUAUGGAAUCUACUCCUUGUUCAGUUUUCAGCGUUAGCGUAUAAUGCUGACACGAAAUAACCAAAAUGUAGUUGUUGGUUUUCAUUCUUCAUAUUGCAUUCGAUAGGUAAGUAUCAUGCUCAGAUGUCCUGAUGGGCGGGAAGACAUAGUCCCAGGUUCUUUGACAAAUAGCAAAACCGCUCCACGCGACCACAAGGACGAUUGGGAUGCUGCUUUUAGCAGCAUCAAUCUCAAAAACAUGGUUGAUGUCAUUCAUUUACAUAAUUUUCUUCAUUUGUAACAUCGCCAUUUUUUCCAAUAUGUAUUCACGUUAAUUAUUUUUCUGCAAAAAUUAUUGCAGCAGAUGAGACUCUACAACUCAUUCAUCUUGGUUCAACCGUUAAUUGUAAAGACAAAUUAUUUGUGAAGUUUGUUAUCGUUGUUGACAGCAUAAUUAUCAUGAUUGGGUCCAAGAUACAUAGAAACCACAGGGGAGAGCAAAGCGUCGAAAUUCAGGAGCAAGAAGGAAGUAAAAAUGCAAGUGCAAAACAUUAACAUCAUGAUAAUUGUUUUCAAAGGGAAAGGACCAUCAUAUUCGAGAAUACAAACCACAAAGCAAGAGCGACGACCCGUGGCUCAGAGCCAUUGUAUUCCGGUUCCUACUUAUUGCUGGUGCAUGUGUUUUCCUACUCAAAACAAGCUCCUGAAGGUGUCUCUGCGACGAACCAAGAAUUUAUUUUCUUCAAGAUGUGGCGAUGAAUCAAAUUCAUGACAAAGAAAAGUGUAAGUGCUC